UAAACCGACCUCCAGUUGCACGUGCGGUACACAAAGAUUUUAAACUUUUAUUUAUUUUUAUUUAAAUAAAUAAUAAUAUUAAUGUUUUACUAAAGAAAAGACAAUGAGCAAAACGUUUUAUGAGACGCCAAGGGAAACCAAAAUCAAAUUCCUUCGAAGCAAUCCAAAAUACAGUGAAAUCGAAGACGAUAAUGAAGCUCUGGGAGAUUUUUUUAAGAUAAACGAAGAAGACGAGGUAUGGUUAGUGCAAUGUCCCAAAGGAACCGAUAUUUCAAUUCUCAAAGAUCAAAAAAUCAAACUACCUGGACGCAGUAAUCAAGAUGAAUACGAAACGGUAGCUACUGAAUUCCCCGAACCUAUUCCACAUGCCUUCGGACACAAAAACAAAAAAGCCCACAAUAGUCUUAAGAUUGUGCCAAUUCAAGGAAACAUUGUGAUAAGAAGUCGUCUCAAAAUCUUAACGCCACCGGAUGCAUCGCUGUCGGAAGGUUCGUCGACAGUCAAGGUCCCGAUGCCAAAAGGCAUCAAACAACGUCAUCCCUUGCAUGGAGUCGAUUUCGAGAGUAAGCUGACAAUUUGUCCGGAAAUAGCUGAGAGACUUAAGCAAGCUCAUGCGGUCUCGGAAGUCCCGAAUGGAAAGCACAAAUCCAAGAACUCAAAACACAAAUCCAAUGAAUCAAACACUGUUGCGAUGGACAGCGAUGGAGAAGUAGAAUUAGUGUUACAGAAAAAACACAAGCUAAAGAAGAAAAAACGAAAGCAUUCAUCUGGUGAUGAGGAUGUCGAGGUGGCGCCGAAGAAGAAAAAGAAGAGCAAGAAGAACAGUCAGAGUGAAGAUGUGGCAGAAGAUUUGGAAUGGCUUAAGAGGUUAUAGAACUUGAAUAAAUUAAACUUUCAACGGAAAA